AUGUUUAACCUAGUAGUUUUAAUUGAUCUAAAAAAAGCAUUUGAUACUGUUGAUCAUCAAAUUCUAUUGAGGAAGUUAGAACUUUAUGGAAUAAAAGGAGAAGCUCUAACUUUGCUCAAAUCUUAUCUCACAAACAGAAACCAGAAGUGCCAAAUUAAGAAUUCCUUUUCUACAGAGCGAUUGAUUAAGUGUGGCGUACCACAAGGCUCCAUCUUAGGACCACUAUUCUUUUUGUUAUAUAUAAAUGAUUUACCUCAGUGUCUAAACAAAACAAAACCUCGAUUGUUUGCUGACGACACAAAUCUGACAGCUUCGGGAGAUUCUAUAAUUGACCUUGAAACUGCAGUAAAUUCUGAUUUGGAAAACCUCAGAAAUAAACUUAGUCUAAAUGUAGCUAAGACAGAAUUUAUGUCAAUUGGUUCAAAGGCAAUGAUUAAAAAAAAUUCUGAUUCACGUUUAAAUGUUUUCAUUGAAAAUAAGCAAAUUACACAAGUUAGCGAAUGCAAAACUCUUGGAGUAAUAGUUGACCAGCAUUUGUCUUGGAAAA